UUUUUCACGCACACACACACAUGCGACCUCUCUUUCUUACAUUUCAUCUUCAACAUUUGGCCUGUGAAACGGGGGCAUAAAAGCCGACUUCUUUGCACAAUUGCGUCCAUUUUUAGACGAGUUUUUUCCACCAUGGCUAGGCAGAGAUGUUUUUUUGACAUGACAGCUGACGGCACUGAGAUGGGAAGGAUCACUUUUGAGCUCCGUAACGAUGUUGUACCUAAAACAGCUGAAAACUUCCGAGCUCUGUGCACCGGGGAGAAGGGCUUUGGAUACAAAGCGUCAGUGUUUCACCGUGUUAUCCCGGAGUUCAUGUGCCAGGCGGGAGACUUCACUCGUGGGAACGGCACUGGAGGAAAGAGUAUCUAUGGCGAGAAGUUUGCAGAUGAGAAUUUUACAUUGACUCAUACUGGACCAGGAAUCUUAUCCAUGGCUAACUCCGGAAAGAACACAAACGGCUCUCAGUUCUUCAUCACUACCUCUAAAACAGAUUGGCUGGAUGGGAAACACGUUGUGUUUGGCUCUGUCGUAGAUGGAAUGGAUGUCGUAAAAAAGAUUGAAGCCUUCGGCUCUAAUGAUGGUAAAACCUCCAAAAAAAUUGUUGUCAAGGAUUGCGGUCAGCUGUAGAUUUGGAGGAGAGGGGUGCAAGUAAACAGUUGUUUAUCUCCUUCACUUAUUAGUAAUUAGGGUCCAAAUUUAAAGGGUAUUAUACAGGAUUGGUAGACCUGACAAUAAAGUUGCAGACAGUUUUCAUGUUUUCUGUGAGAAACCAUUUACAUGACAUAACAAAUUUGGGUUUUAUCCAUUGUGUGAGUCUGGAGAAAAUAUGGAAAAACUGUACACAAUUUUUAGCACAUGUCAAACACAUUGUCUUUAAUUAAUGCUAUAACAACAGCUGAAAGCGAGAUCAGCUGUUGCCUUGUUUGGGGGUUGGUUUUUUAUUUACGUUUUAAAUACAGUUUUCGUGGAACAUGACUUCAUUUUAGAGGGACAUAUUUCACAGGUAAAAAUGGUUUUAGUAUGAACUUCAUAAUCAGUAAGCUUUCAGAUUGAAAUUAUUCAAUGAUGGUUAUUAUCCUCACCAAUCCAGUAUAAUAUCUUAUGCAUAGUUGCUGAUAGGUAAACUUCCUUAUAAAAUGGCAGAUCCGAGUAUAACCAGCUAACAUAACUAGAUGUGUUUUUGGUAAUCCAAUUGAAUAUUCUUAGCAAGAAAUCCAACUCUGCCUUAGUUUCUUCAGCACAAUUUCCAGCCGAUCUAACGAGAUCGUUGCAGAGAUGUCAUCACCAUUUGAAAUUAAUGUUUUGAAAUAAUCGUUCUUAGAUCCAGUUUUUGUAUGUUAUAGUAAUUUCUAUUGGGCCCAAUCCAGGAGCUUGGGAUACAGUUUUGUAAAAAAGUUUCUUUACUAGUGACAUUGUAUGAAAGGAGGCUGGGUGGUCUCAAGACAUUCUGAGUGGGCGUUUCAUAUUCUGAAGACUUGUGGAUUUCCUUAGUCUGUUGCCACCUUUUGUUUUGGAGUACCUUGGUCUUACAAACCCCACUUAAUUUGUUUUGACGACAUUUUAUGCAAUCUAAUAUACCCAUCAUUGGCAAGAAAUUGCGCAGUAACAUUCAUGCAAAGUUUAAUAUUUGACAUACGGAAAACAAAACGGAAAACGUUCACCACUUUUAAUACUCGCAUUAUUAGUGAGUAACAAAACGGUGGAGGCAUUGUGGUUGACUUUCUAGUGUAGUUUCAAUGGUUCACAGAAGAGUUAUUAAAACUAUUUGAGGAUGGAGUAUGAGUUUUAUCAUAUAUUGUGGUAUGCAAUACCCUAAGAAAUUAUAAUGUAUUUUUUAGCAGCUUGCCAGUCAAAUGUUUAGAUGAAUACUCAGGAUACUCGUAAACACCUAAAGAGCGUUCUAAGCUUUCUACAUUUUCAGGUCAUGCAGGGAGUAUGAUAAUUUUGGUCCAAUCCCCAGAAGUGGCUCUUUUCAAAAACUUCUUUCCAAAUUGAUACACUUUUUUGAAUAUCAACAUUUUACACACCCUUAUAAGCCACUCGGCUCUCGACCCUCAACUUUUUUAACGACUAGCAGCCAGCAGGACCAGUUAGCUUUGCAAUUGACGAGUCCUUCGGCUUUUCACUAGUCUGUUUUAUAUUAAAUACGGAUGCUUUUCAAUACGAAUCUAGCCAGCCAGACCACUUGGGGUGUAUUUUGACUGCUCCUCCGAUUGCUAGCGGACCACUGUUAUGUUAUAAAUACUACAUAAUGGUCUCCGAACCCCCUUCUUGGGAUGACACUGAAAAUGUUGAAAACUUUGGACGGCCCUUGUAACACAAAGUAGCUUUAAGGAUGGACACCAAUGUUUUCUGUGGUUUAUAAAGCUUCUUUAUUAUUGGUAAAUAAAUUGUGUGGUGAAUAAACAAUGGCACAGUCUACCUA